AUGCCAACACCCGAUGUGAACGGUCGAACGGCCACGCCAGAUGGGAAAAGACCAGGACUUCGGCCCUCAGCUUCCUUCCACCAGAAUCAGAAGAAGAUGAUGAAGAAGCAGGGUGUGAGCUCUGUUGAUUUAACUAAUUGCAGCGAUACCUGCAGUCCCACCUCUGGCAGUGCAUCUUCUGAGUCUACCUCGAGCUCUGGUUCUGAUUCCGACCCAGACGCUCAGAAAGACCUUGCGUGCCAGAAUGUGAGCGUUGUGAUUCCCUCACCUAAGAAGCGGAGUGCCCCCAGCCCCAGCUCUGGGGCUCUUGUUUCACCCAAGCGCAUUGCUUAUUAUAGCUCUGCCAGCGCAUCUGACUCUUCUUCUUCCGGUGAGAGCAGCCUCGUGGUCAAGCCAGCCUCAGAUCUGUUUGGAGGUGUACGUACCAUUGAGCCAAUUCCCGACACUGCCACCAUCAUGAACUUUCCUCUGCCAAAAAUCGAUCACCAGGGCCUGCGCCCUUCAAUCUACCUCGACAACGAGAAGCUGUACAAGUCCUACACCAAGACUGAGGAGAUCUUCAAUGACCUCAAAGCCAUGGAAACCGCUUACGAAGACACUAUCAAAGUUCGAGAGCUGGUUGACUGGGACUGCCGCCGUCUGGGGCUUCGCCUGAGAGCUUUGCGCCGUCGCGCGUCUUUGCAAGCACGACGUGGGGAGAUUGUUCACCGCAAUCGAUGGAGUGGCAACGAUAAUGACCUGCUGGAAAUGACCAAGAGUCCUAUGGAGGGCAAGUGA